AUAUUACAUGUUUUAUAUUCUCGAUAAUACGUGUUUGUUUAUUAUAAUUCUUCUAUUAUGAGUUUGAGAGUGCAUGGAGCACUAAGUUGACAGGGGGACCAAAGAUGGCAGCGCACACAGCUCUAACUAGCGUGUUAUCUAACAUGAAUUGUAGUAAUGCUAUUGGCGUAUAAUUUUUUAUUUUGUUAGAUUGUUUUUACUGUAAUGGCGCUAUAUGCCUCUUCUCCGAACGAUCUUUCCAGCUAAAUGUUUCAGCAAGUGCCGUGUAUUACUCUGUGACAGUUGUUUGUAUGUUUCAGCGAUUAGAGUAAUAAGAGAGCCAGUCUGCUGAAGCUGUCUCUGAGCAGGGGCAGACGAGGUACCCCUUCUGGGACUGCCUGCAGCACUGUCGCUCCCCAUCAGAUGUGUUAGACCUCACAGUUCAGUACGCACCCACAGUUCGACAGGUCAGCAACUCUCUGACCCACAUGUGGUCCACCACUAAAGUGAUGUCAGAAGAGCAGCGGCGCUAUGAGCUGCAGCUGAUGUUUGAUCAUCCUGCAUUCAAUGAACUACUGCAAACUGCUAUGAAGGUUGUGGGACUCAUGCGUGUUGAGGACUUGGCUUACUCUCUCUUGAGCAUGGUCAAACUGGGUGUGCCUCAGCGUAGCCGUGUGAUCCAUACUUUCCUCCGAACCUGCCAGGACAAACUGAAUGACUUUGAUGAGAGAAGCCUUUCUGUCUUGGCAUCCACCCUGGAACACAUGGAGGACAACCCCAAUGUUGACGCAUUGAAGCAAGGCAUGAGGUUAGUAGUUGAGUUCCGUCUUCCUGGGAUCAAUUCUGUAAUGGCUCUCCAGACCAUGAUGCGUAUGUUGGGGAAGGAUGCUCCACUGGGCCUCAAACGGAAACUAGAAGCAAAGGCUUUAUCAAUGACAGACCAGUUCAGCCUUCCCAACACGCACUACAUGAUUUCCACUAUGGCCUCAAUGGGCUUCUACUCCAGACCAAUCCUGGAUGUCUGCAGUAAAAAAAUCACAGAAAACCUCCAUGGAACCCCCUUCAGCAGACUCUAUUCAGUGCUGCAGUCAUGUACAGAGCUGCAUUACAGAAACAUGGAUCUUCUCACUGGCAUUGCAGACUAUGUUCUCUCCACCCUAGAUGUAUGGACCAAAAAACAGGUGCUUCUCUUCCUAUCUGUGUUUGAAAGCCUCGCCUUCUGUCCCACUGCAUUAAUGGAGGCAUUUGCUGAGUGGAUUAUCGCCAACCCAGAUGUCCUAACACUCAAAGACCUCCUCUGUGUCCUGAGGGUGUACUCCUCUCUUAACUAUGAUCUGCAGAACCACAGACAAUUGUUUCUGGAUAGUCUCAGCCAGGCACUGGACACCUAUCUGCCCAAGAUGACUGGGUCUGAACUGUUAAAGUCUGUUUACUGGCUGUGUCUACUGGGCCACUUCCCCUCUGCACCACUGGAGCAACUCCUGCGGAGUAGCACACUGGACCAGUUUGGCAGUACAGCACCAAAGUUGCUUCAAAACCAGGAAAAAAUGUUCCAGACAGUGGACUUGUGCCUCCGUCUUGACCGUCCUCCUCUCCCUAGGCCCCUGACUGUCCUGCCAUCUGUCCUAGGUGACCCAGUCUCGUUCAAGAGCCCACCGCCUUGGCUCUUGGAAAGCCUCCAUAGCAUGCUGAGGGACCAGGCAGACAUAACGCUGCAGGAAAUGGUAGUGGUGGAGAACUUCUACCUCAUAGACUGUGUGAUCACCAAACCUCUGCCAAACCAAACCUCUGCUACUGAAGCGAGUAGUUGUGCAGGAGAAAAGUCAUCUCUGGCAGAGAGCAGUCAAAGAAUUGCAGUAAUUUGCGCACCACGAUCUGGUUUUUGCUGUGGUACCAAUCCCCGUGGACCCUUAGCUGUCAAGAUCCGCCAUCUGAAGAUUCUGGGAUACAGCCCUGUCCUGGUAACACAGAAGGAGCUGCAGUCUGUGUCUGAGGAGAAGAGGAUGGAGUUCCUCAGGGGACUGCUUUUCCCAGAACAGCACAGAUCCGACAUAGGAACUCCACUGGAGCAACUGGGAUCUUGAAGACAGAUGUCAGUGUUAAAUGGAUGCAAUCACCACGAUCAUACAUUUUGUUGUGUUACUCAAAGCUUAGCAACAACUAAGAAAAAUAAAUAUAUUAAAGUAUUUAAAGUGACUGUGCACGCUUGAUAAGUUAAGAGCUUAUAAUCAGAUGAAAGGCUGUUUUUCUUUCUGGUUUAGUGAUUACCUGAAAAUGAACUUAAAUGACAGGU